AGGAAAUGUGUGUUGUCUUUAACUCAGACUCUGUUUUACUGAUGAAUGUGAGGAACAGCGAUGAAUUUAACUGCAGCAACGAGUGGAUUCUUUGUCUUCAUUCUCUCUGUGUCAGUGGUUCAGGGUCAGAAUGGUCAUGGAGUGACUUACACUUCUACUCAGAUCUGUGCUGUAAAAGGAUCAUCAGUGGAAAUAAUCUGCUCCUACACAUACCCAUACAGAGUGGAUGGUGUUACUACGACUGUGGAGGAAAGAGUCUGGUUCAAAGGGUCUGAUAAAGAACCUGAUGAUCUGACCACAGACUCCAUGUAUUCAGGUCGUGUGACGCUCAGUCAUGAUAAGAACAUCAGCACUCUGAGAAUCUCAGACCUGAGAGAGAGCGACUCAGCUCAGUACAAGUUCAGCUUCACAACAAACCAACCAGGAGGGAAAUAUACUGGUUCACCUGGAGUCACUCUGACUGUCACAGAACGUUCUGGCACAAGAUCAUCUGAAAACAUUCAUAUCAACGUCAAAUAUCCUCCAAAGCUUCCUUCUGUAUCAGCGACUCCUUCUGCUGAGAUAGUGGAGUUCAGUUCAGUGACUGUGAACUGUAGCAGUGAUGCUAACCCAGCAGCUAACUACACCUGGUACAAGAACCAAACCCUGGUCAGUGAAGAACCACAGCUUGUCUUCAGCUCCAUCCAGUCCUCUGACUCUGGAGAGUAUCACUGUACAGCUGAGAACGUUCUGGGCACAAGAUCAUCUGAAAACAUUCAUAUCAACGUCAAAUAUCCUCCAAAGCUUCCUUCUGUAUCAGUGACUCCUUCUGCUGAGAUAGUGGAGUUCAGUUCAGUGACUGUGAACUGUAGCAGUGAUGCUAACCCAGCAGCUAACUACACCUGGUACAAGAACCAAACCCUGGUCAGUGAAGAACCACAGCUUGUCUUCAGCUCCAUCCAGUCCUCUGACUCUGGAGAGUAUCACUGUACAGCUGAGAACGUUCUGGGCACAAGAUCAUCUGAAAACAUUCAUAUCAACGUCAAAUACACAGAUAAAACUGCAGCUGUAGGAACGAUCACUGCUGUUGUCCUGGCUGUCUCAGUCCUCGCUGUCUCAGUCCUCGCUGUCUUCCUGUGGAUCAGAAGAAGUAAGUGCUUCACUCAACAGUCUGACGGUGGAGAGAGACCUGGCAACACAGCACAGCUGAACAUGGUUCCAGUGUUGGACAUCCCGUCCUCUGCAGCAGAACCACAGGAUGACGUCAACUACAGCAGCAUCUGCUUCCAGAGGCAGACAGAUGUUGUUCACUCCAACAGAAGGAGAGAUCAGAGUCAAACAGAGGAGGAAGAGGAGGACACUGUGUACACAACUGUGAGAUUUAACUCUUCUAGUCGUUGCACAAGAACAAGACGCCAAGAAAAUGUGGAGGAUCCGUUUCUACUGUACAGCACCGUCAAGAAAAACUAAAGCUAAAAAAUGUUCAUUGGAAUUCCAACAUUAGAUCAUGUUCUGAGACUGAUCUGAACAACACUCUGACCCAACAAUAGAACCUGCUGUCCGUCUGAGGCCCAACAGAAGCCAAAUGGAUUUUCUAUGUCAUUCAUCCUUCAUGUUGCUUUCAAUAAUUAUUUUACUUUAACCACUUCUUUUUUGCUUUUCAGUAUUAAUUGUAAAUUAAAUUCAUGUGAUUGACAUUGAGUUGCAUCAGUUACACAGUAGUGAGUCCAAGGGAAGACAGCAACCCUGACCCUAACUUCAUGUAUAAUGAUAGAAGAGAUCAUACAAGUUGUGGGGAAGGAACAGAAAUGUAAUCAAACAAAAUAAAUCUUGAAGCA